AUGUCGAACACCGACUUCCUCGGCCGCGCCAUCGACACGGUCAAAAAGGCCAUUGAGCUAGACACUGCGGGAUCCUACGAACAAGCAUACCAACAGUACUAUGCGGCGCUGGAGCUGUUUAUGCUCGCGCUAAAAUGGGAGAAGAAUCCAAAAUCCAAAGAAAUGAUACGAGCAAAGGCUGGCGAAUACAUGGACCGAGUCGAGAAACUGAAAGCCCACAUACAAGCGAAUGACCCAAGUAAUCGCAAGAAACCGGCGGCGAUGGGCGUAAACGGCAAGGCGGUUAACGGCGCAGGUAAAGGCGAAGCAGGCGACAAGGAUGACGAAGACGCCGAGAGCAAGAAGCUGCGUGGUCAGUUGACUGGGGCGAUCCUGACGGACAAACCGAACGUGAAAUGGGAGGAUGUGGCCGGUCUUGAUGCGGCAAAGGAGGCACUGAAGGAGGCCGUCAUUCUACCUAUCAAAUUCCCACAUCUCUUCCAAGGCAAACGACAACCGUGGAAGGGUAUAUUGCUCUACGGCCCCCCCGGGACGGGUAAGUCAUACCUGGCCAAGGCUGUGGCGACCGAGGCCAACAGUACCUUUUUCAGCGUGAGUUCUUCCGACCUGGUCAGCAAGUGGAUGGGCGAGUCAGAACGACUGGUCAAGCAACUGUUCAAUAUGGCGCGAGAGAACAAGCCGGCAAUCAUUUUCAUUGACGAAGUCGACGCCCUGUGUGGUCCCAGAGGAGAAGGCGAGUCUGAAGCGUCGAGACGUAUCAAGACCGAACUACUCGUGCAGAUGGACGGCGUAGGCAAAGACUCGAGGGGUGUAUUAAUCCUCGGCGCCACAAACAUCCCCUGGCAACUUGACGCCGCCAUUCGCCGACGUUUCCAACGCAGAGUACACAUCUCGUUACCCGACAAGCCAGCGCGGAUGAGAAUGUUCGAACUCGCAGUCGGCGACACGAAAUGCGAAAUGACGCAACAAGAUUACAAGACACUGGCCGAUCUCAGCGAAGGCUACUCUGGAAGUGAUAUCAGCAUCGCUGUGCAAGACGCCCUGAUGCAACCGGUUAGAAAAAUCCAGACGGCAACCCAUUAUAAAAAGGUCCAAGUAGACGGUGCCGAAAAACUCACCCCCUGCUCUCCCGGCGACCCAGGAGCGAUGGAAAUGACCUGGAUGGAAGUCGAGUCCGAUCAACUCCUCGAACCUCCGUUGACCGUCAAGGACUUUAUCCGCGCCAUCAAGGGCUCCAGACCUACCGUGUCCGGCGAAGAUCUGAAACGAAACUCGGAAUGGACAGCGGAGUUUGGUAGUGAAGGAGCGUAA